UUGGCGCGGCGAGACUGAAGCCCGAGUAAACGGGAGGAGAGGAGAGAAGCAAAACGAAGCUCGCAACCAGCCAACCACGCCGGAGAUGGCCUUCAGCUUCCUGCUCUCCCCGCCGACUCUUCCGCUCCCGAGCCCCACGGCCACCGCCACCGCCACGGCCUCCUCGUACCUAAUCUCCGCCGUCCACGGGCGCCGCCGCCGCCCGCUGGAACACGGCUGCCGCUGCGGUCGCCCGCCGGAGACGGCGUUCAGUGACAGCUCCGGCGGCCGCGACUCAUACGACGACGAGGAGGCCGCUCCCCGGACCCUCGGCCUCGACGGCAGCAGCGCAUCCUCCUCGGGCCGUCAAACGGUUCGGAGUGCAGCGCCAAGACAUCAGGGAACUUUGAAAGGAGGGGACACAAGUGAUGCAGACCAUGAGGGGUGGCAAAAGAGGGAAUAUACUACAGAUGGGUUUUCAAAGAGCAGAUCCAAGUCAGGCUACUUCAAAGCAUUCGGGGUUGAUUUGUCCCCUGAUAAUGUGGCUGUUGCUAUCGUUUAUUUUGUGCAAGGAGUUUUAGGUCUUUCCAGGCUUGCUGUCAGUUUCUACUUAAAAGAUGAUCUUCAUCUUGAUCCAGCAGAGACUGCAGUUGUAUCUGGUUUCUCAGCCUUGCCAUGGUUGGUCAAGCCCCUCUAUGGCUUUAUCAGUGAUUCCUUCCCUCUCUUUGGAUAUCGAAGAAGGUCAUACCUAUUUCUAUCAGGCCUCCUUGGAGCACUUUCCUGGAGUUUGAUGGCGACUGUUGUGGAUGAUAAAUACAGUGCAGCACUGUCUAUUAUUCUUGGAUCUCUUGCAGUUGCUGUCGCUGAUGUUGUGGUUGAUUCUAUGGUGGUUGAGAGAGCUCGAGGUGAAUCACAGAGUACAUCUGGAUCUCUCCAGUCACUAUGUUGGGGAUCCUCAGCCUUUGGUGGAGUUGUGAGUGCAUACUUCAGUGGUUCUUUUGUGGACACUUAUGGCGUAAGAUUUGUCUUUGGUGUUACGGCACUUUUGCCUCUGAUGACGUCUACUGUUGCAGUUCUUGUAAAUGAAGAACGCUUACCUUUGGGCGAACGUUCUGUCUCACUUUCAGUUUCAGGUUCAGAAUUGAUUGAGAGCUCUAAGCAGCGUAUCAUGCAGAUUUGGAAUUCAAUAAAGCAACCGAGCAUAUUCCUACCCACCUUGUUCAUAUUCCUUUGGCAAGCAACGCCACAAUCGGACUCUGCUAUGUUUUUCUUUAUCACAAACAAGCUUGGAUUUUCUCCAGAAUUUCUAGGACGUGUCACGCUUGUUACAUCUGUUGCAUCCUUAUUGGGUAUUGGAUUGUACAAUUCGUUUUUGAAGGAAGUUCCAUUGAGGAAAAUCUUUCUUGUGACAACAAUUUUAGGUUCUGCUCUGGGAAUGACACAGGUUCUUCUUGUCACUGGCCUCAACCGGAAGCUUGGCAUAAGCGACGAGUGGUUCUCCAUUGGGGAUUCCUUGAUUAUCACAGUCCUUGGUCAGGCUUCCUUCAUGCCUGUUUUGGUGUUGGCUGCGAAAUUGUGCCCUCCAGGAGUGGAAGCAACUUUAUUUGCUACUUUGAUGUCCAUUUCAAAUGCGGGCAGUGUUGCUGGUGGUCUAGUGGGCGCAGGUCUAACUCAGUUCUUGGGAGUCACCAGAGACAAUUAUGAAAAUCUGGCUCUGCUGAUCGCCGUCUGCAAUCUCACUUCCCUGCUACCUCUUCCUCUUCUGGGUCUCCUGCCUAAUGAAUCCCCUACAGAUAGUGCACCGACAAAAAAUGAUUGACGUUCUCUUUUGAUGGAUUUUCACAAGACGUGGAUACUCUUUCGCCAGAAACUUAUGUCAGACUGCUUUUUGUCUAGAGCAGUGCAGUGCUCAUCACUGUAUAUAAAGAACGGUGCGCUGACAAUGUACAAGGGGUAAACAAUUUUAUUGAACCAAGAUUGUUCGCCGCUUCUCUUUUCAAAAUGUACGAAGGGGAGGUAAGAGCAUCUGCUAUAUUGUUCAUAUUCAUCCCCAAUACUAAAAAAAACUACCCUUUAGAAGAUUUUGGAGAUGGAAGAGAACUUCAGCAAACUACCAAUCAGAUCUCCAAUACCAAAGUUUUUUCAGCAAUUGCCAAAAACUCAACUCCUCUCCCCUUGAUGUAGGGGAGAAGCAGCGCUCUCCAGGCGCAAUGAAAACAGCAUGUCAGUCCUUUGAGAUGUAACUCAAUUAAAGAACCAUAUCCAUUUGAACUAAAGAAACGAAGUGCUGGGGCAGCACUUCGUUUCUUUAGUUCAAAUGGAUGGUCCUUUAAUUUGAGAAUUAGAUUUUGAGUCGGUUGAUGUUGUCCAAACUUGUAUUUGAGAUGUAACUCAAUUAAAGAACCAUAUCCCCAGCACUUCGUUUCUUUAGUUCAAAUGGAUGGUCCUUUAAUUUGAGAAUUAGAUUUUGAGUCGGUUGAUGUUGUCCAAACUUGUAUGUGGGUGUGGCAACAAACUACUACUUUGUAAUAAUUAUGGACUGAUUCCCAUCGAAAGAGAAAGGUUGAAGCCGGAUUA